ACUGGAGCCACUAACCACACGCGGCUCAAUCACGACAUUUAUUCGGCGUCCACUAUGCAUCAUCUCAACACUCUCAGUGUAAGGACGUCUAAACACGGUCGAGCGUACUGUAAAUACUGUAUGGGCAUCAUCCACUCUAGCCUAUGGGAUUCUCUCCGCAAAUAACAUGGGUGAAGAGGAGGAUGUCUGGAUAAUUCAUUUCAACACUUUGCAAGGAUGGGGACUCGGAUAUUGUUUUUUAGCAGAGGCAUUUUGACAAAGACGAAGAGAGAAGUCAAAGAAGGGCUUUAAUAUCAUCUUUCUACUCUUUCAUUUCCUUUCCUUUUCUUUUUGAGAGAUGAUCGCAGAGUUGGUGUGCAGCGCCGUGGCACUGCUCCUGUAUGUCAACACACUGGACGCCGAUUUCUGCUACGAUGACAGCCGUGCUAUCAAGACCAACCAGGACCUUUUCCCUGAAACACCUUGGAUCAACAUCUUCUACGAUGACUUCUGGGGGACACUUCUCACCCACAGUGGUAGCCACAAGUCCUACCGCCCACUCUGCACGCUCUCUUUUCGACUCAACUUUGCCCUGGGUGGCUUAGAUCCCUGGGGUUACCACCUGGUCAAUGUGGUUCUACACUGCACGACGACCGCCCUGUUCACUAGCCUCUCAAGCCUGCUGCUGGGGUCGGGUUGCUGGAGCCUGCUGGCUGGGCUUCUCUUUGCCGCUCAUCCCAUCCACACUGAGGCUGUGGCGGGCAUCGUGGGCCGGGCAGACGUGGGAGCCGCCCUCUUCUUUCUCCUGGCCAUAUGCUGCUACAUACGCCACUGCUCCCUGAGGACGAGCGGUGCACAUGGAUGGAGCUGGAUGUGGUUCUUGGGCACCUUGGCAUGUGCGUCUUGUAGCAUGCUGUGGAAGGAACAAGGCGUGACAGUGCUGGCCGUGGCUGGCAUGUACGACGUGUUUGUCUUCAACAGGUUGAAGCUACAGCAGGUUCCCGCGCUCUUCCAGAAGAAGAAUAACCUGCACCUGCUGUUGAGCGUUUUUCUGCUGGGCUUCUGGGGUGUCAUACUUUUGGCUUGCCGUCUUUACUGGAUGGGAAACAAACCUCCGAACUUUUCCAACUCUGACAACCCUGCAGCGGACUGUCCUUGUUUCCUAACUAGGAUGCUAACAUUCUUUUUUCUCCCCGCAAUGAACAUUUGGCUCUUCCUGUGCCCUGACAUGCUAAGUUUUGAUUGGUCAAUGGAUGCUUUGCCUCUUGUGAGGAGCCUUGCAGAUUGGCGAAACCUCCACACCGUGGCCUUCUACACCUCGCUUCUAGCGCUGGCAUGGUUUGGGCUUUGCCAUUACCCAACCAAAAGCAAGGAGACCAAUGGGAAAGCACAUCAUGUAGCAAACGGGAAGUCCACAAAUGGACACAGUUGUAGCUCUGAUUAUGAACACUCAACUUUUUACUCAAACUCAGUGCAGAUGAAUGGAGCAAAUGGUACUGCAAAACACCAUUCAUCGUCUUUGCCCACCACAGAGAGUUUGGUGGUCUUCUCCUUGGGUCUGCUGGCCAUUCCCUUCAUCCCUGCCUCCAACCUAUUCUUCUACGUAGGCUUUGUGGUGGCGGAGCGAGUACUGUACAUCCCUAGUAUGGGCUUCUGCCUGUUGGUAGCAGUGGGGAUGAGAGCUUUAUAUGUCAGAUUGAGGAGGAAGUCCUCCAGAACUUUGGUGCUAGGCUGCUCAGCAGCCCUGGUCCUUCUUUUUGGGAUUAAGACGGUGCUGAGGAACCGUGACUGGCAGAAUGAGGAGAUGCUAUACAAGUCAGGGAUAUCUGUGAACCCUGCUAAAGCUUGGGGUAACUUGGGAAAUGUUCUCAAGAACCAGGGAAAGGUGGUGGAGGCCGAGCGAGCCUACAGGAACGCUCUGUACUACCGGAGGAACAUGGCUGACAUGUUGUAUAACCUGGGUCUAUUGCUCCAGGAAAACAACAGAUUCUCAGAGGCCCUCCACUACUAUAAGCUGGCCAUUGGGAGCAGGCCAACACUGGCUUCUGCCUACUUGAACACAGGGAUUGUCCUGAUGAACCAGGGCCGUCUAGAAGAGGCCAAGCGCACUUUUGUCACUUGUGCCGAUAUCCCAGAUGAAAACCUGAAGGAUCCUCAUGCACAUAAGAGCUCAGUCACCAGCUGCCUGUAUAACCUGGGAAAGCUUCUUCAUGAGCAGGGCCACCAGGAGGAGGCCAUAUCUGUAUAUAAAGAAGCGAUACAGAAGAUGCCCAGGCAGUUUGCCCCGCAGAGCCUUUAUAAUAUGAUGGGAGAGGCCUACAUGAGGCUGAACAAACUGACAGAGGCAGAACACUGGUAUAAGGAAUCCCUCCGAGCCAAACCAGACCAUAUACCUGCACACCUCACUUACGGCAAGCUCCUGGCAAUGACGGGUCAGAAAACGGAAGCGGAGAAGUUCUUUCUCAAGGCGAUCGAGCUCGAUCCCACUAAAGGGAACUGCUAUAUGCAUUAUGGUCAGUUUUUGCUGGAGGAGUCACGGCUUUUGGAGGCCGCUGAAAUGGCAGAGAAAGCCGCCCAGUUGGACAGUGAAGAAUUUGAUGUGGUUUUCAGUGCAGCUCACAUGCUCAGGCAAGCCAGCCUCAAUGGUGCUGCUGAGAAGUACUACAGACAAGCAGCCAACCUGAGACCCAAUUAUCCCGCAGCCCUCAUGAACCUCGGAGCCAUUCUCCAUCUCAACGGCAAACUCCAAGAAGCGGAGGCCAAUUAUCUGCGAGCCUUGCAGCUGAAGCCGGAUGACACCAUCACUCAGUCCAACCUGCGGAAGCUGUGGAACAUCAUGGAAAAACAGGGCUUGAGGACCAUGGCUCCUUGACUUGGACAUAUUUGAUGGAGCACCUUCACUGAGCUUGUUCUCUCUGAGCUCUCACUAAUGAGAGGUAAUCAGCAUCAUAGAGCUUCAAUCCUGGGUUACCUCACGGGACGCUUGAACAUAUGAGAGCAACUACGUCUGGUAAAACCAACAAUCUAGAACUGUGGAGCUCCCCAGACGUGUCAGGAGUUGUUAACUUGAAGUGGCCCAUAGAUACAUACUUGAAGUCUCAUGAUAAAUUUGAUUUUAAUGAGUUAGUCAAUGCUUAAUAGUCUUGAAGGGCAAUAUUUGCCCUUAGGCUGUAUGAAAUUGCGAAGGAAUGAGAGUGCUACAACCCCCAUGAGGCUAUACUCUGCAUGUACAGUACAUUUCUUCAUUCAUAUGAUUGGAAUCAUUAAUAUUUAAUGAGCACAUCAUGGCUGGUGGAAACGCGGAAACAAAAAUCAUAUCAUUGAAACAUCAACAAAAUAAUGAGAUAAAUAGACCAAACAUUAAAUAAACGUUUCUCACUGUAAAAUACAAGCAUUCUUUGUGUCAAAAUGAUCGAUUUGUGAGGUUGUAGACUUAAUGAUACUGUACAUAGUAGCACGGAUGAUAUGUGAAGUUUGCGGAAUUUUUUGCGAAUGCAUUUGCACGUUCCAUCAACUUUCCACCGAUCCAGACACGCCUGCCCACGACACUAGAUCAUUUUUUGGGUUCAAGAAAUUGGAUCCUUUUGAUUAAUCUUGCCAAAAAUGAUAGGAAAACAGGAAAGGAACAUUCGAUAAGCUAUAUAUAGCCUGAAAGAAAUUGAACUUGCAAGCUCUCUUUGCCUUACUUUGCGAAAAUCUGUUCUGUUACAGAAGGAUCCAGUGGGUUUUAUUUACUUGUUGCAUUGCUAAUAUAAGAUUGGGAUGGAAAAUGUUCACUUGUUAUAAAAUCACAUUCAGCAUUGUGUUAAUUCACAAUUACACUACCGUUCAAAAACUUGGGGUCAGUUUUUUUUUUUUUUAAGAGAUUAUUACUUUUAUUCAGCAAGGAUGAUUUACACUGACUGAAAAUGACAGUAAAGACUGGAAAGAUUUCUAUAAAAAUAAAUGCUGUGCUUUUUAUUCGUCAUUUAAAAAUUUAUCACUGUUUUCAUAGAAAUAAAAUACUGUUUUCAAGAUCGUUAAUAAUAAGAAAUGCUUCUUGAGCACCAAAUCAGCAUAUUAGAAUGAUUUCUGAAAGAUCAUGUGACACCUGAAGACUGGAGUAAUCAGUCGGGUCAGCAUCAAAUUUUUUUUACAUUUUAAUAAUAUUUCACUUAAUUACUGUGUUUUUACUGUAUUUUUGAUCAAAUAAAUGCAGCUUUUGUGGGCACAGGAGACAUUAUUUAUUUAUUUUAUUUUUUUUACAUAAAAUCCCAAAUUUUUGAAAGGUAGUGUGUUUAUUAGAUCUGAACUUUAGGAUCGUGGACAUUGAUUCGUUCUGCUGGCAGUGUCCUUUGACUGAAUUGAUUCAACAGACUGGUAACUCCUAACCAAAUACAAUUCCUCUCACUUAUUGCACUCGUCUAACAAUAUACAGCUAUAGUUUUGUAAGGGAUUGUUUAUAUGUAAUGUUGGUUUAAUAUUUUUCUUCUAUGUUCGAGUGUGUAAAUGGAACCUAAUAUAUAAAAUGACACAUUACACAGUGUGAUAUUGUUGUUCAAACACAGAAAAAAGUGAGCCAGAAUCAUUAUAUACAAUUACUUGUUUAGAAUUGUUUAGUUCAUUCUGCAAUGACUUCAUAAUUGUCUUUGCUCAUCCUUAAUUGUUUCUGAUUUCCAACUUUGUAUAUGUAGUGAGUAGGAAUAAUUGGUGAUCCCACCAAUUAAUUUGUAAUUGUUUUUAAAAAGGAUUUUUUGUGAUAUGAGCCUUCUCACGAUCACGUUAAGUAAUGAACUGAAAGUUUUGACCCAAAAAAUGAAAUUCUGUUGUUUCUCGCCCUCAAACCCAUUCUGUUGAACACAGAAAAACUGCGAAAUUAAGAAAAAAAAGGUGGAUCUGCUCAAUUCAAUUACAGUGGAAGCUUUCAA